AUGAAGCUCGAAGAACAUGUAAAGCAUCAAUUACGACAAGAAAGAAGAGCAUGGGAAGUCAAGCAGCUCUCAUCGAGUCAUUCAAAGUCUCUUUGUCUUUCAUUUUGGAGUAUUGGGAAGCUAUUACGUUUCUUACAAGUAAAUAAGACAAAUGAAUCACUUGCAUCCUAUGGUAUCAAUUGUCAUUCAAUUGAUAAUAAAAAUCAACAUCAUCAGACAUUUUCAUCUGAUUCUAUCUGGCUUUUGGGUUAUCUACAUCUUGGAACGAAUGUCGAAUGUUUGGAGAAUUUCGAAUUAUGUGAUCAAAAUGUUAAACUCUUGACUUUCUUUGUUAAUCCUGAUGUUAAAGUGAUGAAUCAAUUGGUGCUUAUUAAGCAAUGGAUUCUUGUACGCAUGGUUUCUCACAAUCUCCAGUCGUUGUUUCUAGAAGUACACGAUGAAAUUGUGACGACACUUUUACCAAUCCAUGAUCCGUACGAAAAUUUAACACUUCAAAAUGUUAUUCAAGUACUUGAAACAAAUUGUUCAAUGAUUGAUGAACCGCUUUACACAAGUUUGGAAACUUGGACUAGACUUGCUACUUUAUAUCAAGAUGAUCAAAAGAAAAAGAUCAAAACGAUGGUAGCAGAGAACAAAACAUCAAAACGUAAAUUUUAUUUUGUUUUUGGGCGUGUGACGAGUGUAAGUCCAAUCUCACGUCAAGAAACUCAUGAAAAUAGUCACUUUUUCAUUGAAAUUGAAAACUAUUCUCAUCACAAUGACAUUUCUACACAAAGUAUUGUAUAUGUGAUGUUUACAGGAAUGAAACAUAUACACUGGAAUCAAUUUCUUCGACCAGGACAAAUUGUAUUUUUAACGAAUUUAAUUAAAGUACGUUCACGUGAGUGUAACAUGUUGUUGCUACAAACAUCAAGUCAAGCGGAUAAACUUCAUUCAGAAUUACCAACAACUUUGGUUUUGAGUUGGAACGAACCAUCGUCGCCACUAAAGAAUAUCGUACAGACUUUAAAUGAUCCUAUGAUCACAUACACCAAAAGUUUUGCUCUGAAAUGUAUCGGAAAGCUUUUAGAUUACGAAGGACAAGUAUCUCGAUUACUUUGGGAUGAAUGUAUUGAAUUAAUUGGACCUGGAAAAACACGAGUGAUCGUAUGUUUAUUUCAUUAUCCAUAUACGAAUGAAAUCAUUCGAUUACGUCAAGGUACAAGUGUACGACUAUUUGCAACUCACGUUCUACUCUGGCCAAGUCCUGUAGGUGGUACAUUAGUGAUAGGAUUAUGUCCUCGAAGCCAAAUGAGAAUUUUAAAGUUUAGCGAUCAAACUGGUGCUUGUAUCAACACAAGAUUUCACUCAAAACGUGAUCAAACACAAACGAAAUGGUCUCUUUUAGGCAAUUUUCAUCGUCAAUCGAUGAUUGUCUCGAUGUGGUUACUAGAGAUGUUGGAAUUGCUAAAUCAAAAGUUUUUCUUUCGAAAUCAACAAAAUUUCGACACCACAUCAACCAAUUUAUCAUUUCAUCAAAUUCGACGACGAAAAGCUGCUUCAAUUCUAGCAAAGAGAUUACAAUUAACAUUAAUAUGUGAUCAAAAUCUAACUAGGAUGACACUUGGUGCACACUUUUUAAAAUGUCACUCUUUACAUGCAGAUAAAUGCACAACAAUCAAAGUAUCUACUCAAGAAAAACAUGUGACAAGUAGUCGAGUUUUAACGAUUCAUGAAGUACAGAAAUUUGGGGCAAAGAAGAUGAAACAAUUUCGUGAAUUAAAUACUGAAAAUGAACAAGUGGACGAUUCUUAUCAAUCCAUUUGUAUUCCAGCAACUGAUCUCGAUUGGUGUUUGUUACUUGGAUGUAUUCGAGGAAAUAUUGAUAGUGGAGAUCUUGAACUUUUUGAUCGAACUGGAUCACUUGCUUUAAAUCUAGAUGGUGGAACUUUUGAUGUGAGUGAAACAAAUGAGUGUGGAAUGUAUUUCUUUCAUAAUUUUAACCUUAUGGUUGAGGAUUAUAAUUCAAAUCAAGAUAUUCAAGAAGAAGAUCAACUGCCACUGUUUUAUCGUUUAAGCUGUAAAGCAGAUCAAUUCGAGUAUAUUCCUUUACACGAUGAUGAUGUCUUGAAUUCUUUUGCGAAAGAAAAUGCAGCAGUUGAGACUCAAGAAAUUAUUUACCUUGUGACACAUGUAGAUCCUUUAUCGUCUUCUACAUUCAGAUCCUCAGGACUUUUACCUGAGUAUCGUGUACUUCAUGGUCUUGUAUGUCCCGUAGGACAAAUGUUACCUCCAGAUCAAUUUUUAUCAUCGAUAUACAGUGCUGACAUUCUAAUAAAUACUCAAAAUUCGAGUUGGUUUGUUCAGAAAAGUCGUUGGUAUCGAAUGAAAGUCACUUUAGUACGCAAAACUGCGACUACUUCGGAAGAUUGUAGCAUUGAAGAUCGAGUUAUUCAAGUAUCAAAAGAAUUUUCAAAAUGUGCAAUGGAAAGUCAAAGCUUGUGUUUUGAAAAACUAAAGACAUUCAAUCAAAAUAAUGUCAAAAACUUGAUGAAUCAAAAACGACAAUUUUCAAUCUAUCAAGUUGAAAUGGGAACAUCAAUUGUUCCAUUAACAUUUGAAACCAAGUCAAAGAUUUCAAUCUGUGAUCUUCAUACAAUUUGUAAACAAAGAAAGCAAGAUGUCAACAAUGGAAUGUCAAUGAAUUUCUUCAUGCCUUUUAAUGUAAAGCAAACGAUUGUAUACGUGACAAAGUUGGAAUUUCUCGCAUUGAACAUUUUAAUUGAAAGUAUGCAGCAAGUCUCAAAUAUUUCUCAAGUCUUUGAAUUGUUUUUUCAUCCACUUUCUAUCGAGAAUAUUAAGAAAAACGAGACAAAGCAACUCAAUGAAAAGCUUCACAAACUUCAUCUCAUCUCAAUCAUUGGAAUUAUCAUUAAAAAACGGUACAGUUGGCAAUUUUAUCAUCGUUCAAAUCGUGAAAAACGUUUUCGAGAUGGUUCAUUUCAUCAUUCAAAUCAUUCAAAACGAUAUCUUCAAUGCAUCGUAACUUUACGUGAUCUCAAACAUCUUGAAACUGUGAAUAUUCGUAUUGAUACAUCACGUUUUCAUGGAUUUGAUACAUUAGAUCGACAUCAAAUCGUUGAAUUCUCUCGUCUUGAAGGAUUUUAUGCACGUUCAAGUUUAAAACUUUCUUUAAAUUGGACUCAUGUUUCUGCAGUACGUCAAGUUAUGACAUUGUCAUCUCAAUUAUCAGAUGCACAAAUUUAUGGUGUCAUGUCCACAUCAUUUUUAAAUGAUCUUUAUUGUGGUACACACAUUGACAACUUAAUUCAUCGUUAUGUUGUUCAUGUUGUACAUAUUAAUUACGUCGUUCUUAAACGAAAAUGUCGCAAAUGUCAUCAAAAGUUGAUAUUUUUGAAAUCUUGUGGAUUGUGGAAACAUUCAGACGUACCAGUUCAAUGGAACACUUUACAAAGUUGUACAUCGAAGUGGUACAAAGUAACUUCUCGUGAAUUUUCAAAUUGUACCUAUAUGGAUACAACUCUACGUUGUAUCAUUGAUGAUGGUUCUGGUCAAGCUGAAUUGUUUCUUGAGAAUGACAUUGCGUGGGAAUUACUUACUUGUACUUUCAAUCAACGUCAGCGUUUUGAAAAGAUUUUAACUCGUGAUCUUGAUGAAUUAAGUUAUUUUUCAGGAAAUAUAUUUCAUGAAGCAAUUGCAACGAAUCGACUGAUGGAAUUUUAUCAAAAAAAGCUUCAAACUUUUGUUUUAAAUGUCAUGUCAUCGCUACAAUCGAUUGUAGUAUUUGCCCAUCAAUUUUAUAAGACAAAUAAUAACGAGGGUACAUCUGUACUAACAUUUGGAAAAGAUAUUCAGGUGACGACAAAAACAAUUCCACUACCAAAACUUGAAGCCAAACGUGUGGAUCAAUUGCACGUUCGUAAUGAAUUACACCAACGACUGUGCAGCUUAAGAUCGCGAGCUCAAGUAUGA